AUGCAGGUAAAAUGUUACAACGCUCCAGCAACGUAUUGGCUUGACACAGGUGACACAGGGGACACAGGUGACACAGGGGACACAGAGGACUCAGGUGACACAGGUGACAUAGGAGACAUAGGGGACACAGGUGACAUAGGAGACAUAGGAGACAUAGGUGACACAGGGGACAUAGGUGACACAGGUGACAUAGGGGACACAGGUGACAUAGGGGACACAGGUGACAUAGGGGACAUAGGUGACACAGGGGACAUAGGUGACAUAGGAGACAUAGGUGACACAGGGGACAUAGGGGACACAGGUGACAUAGGAGACAUAGGUGACACAGGGAACACAGGUGACUUAGGGGACAUAGGUGACUUAGGAGACACAGGGGACACAGGUGACAUAGGUGACAUAGGGGACACAGGUGACAUAGGGGACACAGGUGACAUAGGAGACAUAGGGGACACAGGUGACAUAGGAGACAUAGGAGACAUAGGUGACACAGGGGACAUAGGUGACACAGGUGACAUAGGGGACACAGGUGACAUAGGGGACACAGGUGACAUAGGGGACAUAGGUGACACAGGGGACAUAGGUGACAUAGGAGACAUAGGUGACACAGGGGACAUAGGUGACAUAGGGGACACAGGUGACAUAGGGGACACAGGUGACAUAGGGGACAUAGGAGACACAGGGGACAUAGGAGACACAGGGGACAUAGGUGACAUAGGGGACAUAGGUGACAUAGGUGACAUAGGUGACAUAGGUGACAUAGGGGACACAGGUGACAUAGGGGACAUAGGAGACACAGGUGACAUAGGGGACAUAGGAGACACAAGGGACACAGGUGACAUAGGGGACACAGGUGACAUAGGUGACAUAGGGGACACAGGUGACAUAGGUGACAUAGGUGACAUAGGGGACACAGGUGACAUACGGGACAUAGGAGACAUAGGGGACACAGGUGACAUAGGUGACAUAGGUGACACAGGGGACACAGGGGACAUAGGGGACACAGGUGACAUAGGUGACAUAGGGGACACAGGUGACAUAGGGGACAUAGGUGACAUAGGGGACACAGGUGACAUAGGGGACAUAGGAGACACAGGGGACACAGGUGACACAGGGGACACAGGUGACAUAGGAGACACAGGGAACAUAGGUGACAUAGGGGACAUAGGUGACAUAGGGGACAUAGGUGACACAGGGGACACAAGUGACACAGGGGACACAAGCGACAUAGGAGACACAGGUGGCAUAGGGGACACAGGUGACACAGGGGACACAGGUGACAUAGGUGACACAGGGGACAUAGGGGACACAGGGGACACAGGGGACACAGGUGACAUAGGUGACACAGGUGACACAGGAGACAUAGGUGACACAGGGGACACAAGUGACACAGGGGACACAAGUGACAUAGGAGACACAGGUGGCAUAGGGGACACAGGUGACACAGGGGACACAGGUGACAUAGGUGACACAGGGGACAUAGGGGACACAGGGGACACAGGGGACACAGGUGAGUGCUAUGGACAAAAAUUUCACACAUUUCUAGACACAUUGAAUCUUCUAACUAACCAAGUGUUUAAUUAA